AUGUCGCAAGGCCUGCUUCUCGUGGCCACUUCUAUUCUUUCUUCAGUCCCAGUAAAUGCAAUCAAAGAACACCCUGGAGUAAAGUAUGAAGUGGUUUAUCCCAGAAGACUUCAUCCACUAUACAAACGAGAGGCCAAGAGGCCAGAUGAAGAGGAAAAAUUUGAAACUGAAUUGAAAUAUGAAAUGACAGUUCAUGGGAAAAUCGCAGUGCUUUACUUGAAAAAGUCCAAAAAUCUUGCACCAGGCUACACGGAAACACAUUAUAAUUCCAUGGGAAAGGAGGUCACCACCAGCCCACAGAUCAUGGAUGACUGUUAUUACCAAGGACACAUCAUUAAUGAAAAAGUUUCUGAAGCUAGCAUCAGCACUUGCAGGGGGCUAAGGGGCUACUUCAGUCUGGGAGAUGAAAGGUACUUCAUUGAACCUUUAAGCCCCGAAAAUCAGGAUGAACAGGAACAUGCACUCUUCAAGCAUGAUCCCGAUGAAAAGACUAAUAGCUCCUGUGGGAUGGAUGACAUAUUAUGGGCACAUGGAUCUCAGCAAAAUGUGGCCCCGUCUGCCACCAGUCUGGUUGAAUUAAAUGACCACAAGUUUUGGGAACAAAAGAAAUACGUAGAAUAUUUUUUGGUCCUGGAUAAUAGUGAGUUUAAAAAGUACAAUCAAGAUCCAGAGGAAAUAAGAAAGAGGGUGUUUGAGAUGACCAAUUACAUCAACAUGCUUUAUAAGAAGCUCAAUACUCACGUGGCCUUAGUGGGGAUAGAAAUCUGGAAUGACAACGAUAAAAUAAAGAUAACCCAAAGCGCACAGGCCACCUUGGAAAACUUCUCUCAGUGGAGGGGCAAUGUCCUCCUAAGAAGAAAGCGUCACGAUAUCGCUCAGUUACUCACGGCAAAAGAACUUAAUGGGAUGACUGUGGGUCUUGCUUUCAUGUCUACAAUGUGCUCUCCUUAUAAUUCUGUUGGUAUCGUCCAGGACCACAGUGACAAUUUGCUUAGAGUUGCAGGGACAAUGGCCCACGAAAUGGGCCAUAACUUUGGAAUGUUUCAUGACUCCCAUGUUUGCAAGUGCCCUUCUACAAUAUGUGUGAUGGACAGAGCUCUAAGCUUCCAUAUACCUACAGACUUCAGUUCCUGCAGCCGUGUCAGCUACAAAAGGUUUUUUGAAGAUGAACUGUCGAAUUGCCUCUUUAAUGCCCCAUUGCCUAGAGAUAUCAUAUCCUCCCCGAUCUGCGGGAACCAGUUGGUAGAAACAGGAGAGGACUGUGAUUGUGGGACUUCCGAGGAAUGCACCGACCUGUGCUGUGACGCUAAGACAUGUAAAAUCAAGGCAGGUUUCCAAUGUGCGUUAGGAGACUGCUGUGAAAAGUGCCAGUUUAAAAAGGCUGGUACAGUGUGCAGACCAGCAAAAGAUGAGUGUGACCUGCUGGAAAUGUGUGACGGUAAAUCUGGCACUUGCCCUGAUGAUCGAUUCCAGGUCAAUGGCUUCCCUUGCCAGAAUGAGAAGGGCUACUGCUUGAUGGGGACGUGCCCCACGCUGCAGGGGCAGUGCACCGGGCUCUGGGGAGCAGGAACAGAGGUGGCGGAUGAGUUGUGCUACCGGAUGAACGAAGGCGUGUCAAAGUACGGGUAUUGCCGCAAAGUGAAUGACACACCCGUUCCCUGUAAAGCGAAUGAUGCCAUGUGUGGGAAGUUGUUCUGUCAAGGUGGGUCAGAUACUUUGCCCUGGAAAGGACGUAUAAUAACUUUCCUGUCAUGUAAAUCAUUCAAUCCUGAGGACAACAGUGAAGAAAUAGGCAUGGUAGCCAAUGGAACCAAGUGUGGAAAUAAGAAGGUUUGCAUUAAUGCAGAAUGCGUGGAUAUCGAGAGAGCCUACAAAUCGACCAAUUGCUCAUCUAAGUGCAAAGGACACGCUGUGUGUGACCACAACCUCCAGUGUCAGUGUAAAGAGGGCUGGGCCCCUCCUGAUUGCGAUGUCUCCUCCAUGGUCUUCCCCUUUCCCAUUGUGGUUGGGGUGCUGUUCCCUGUGGCUGUCAUAAGUGUGGUGUUUGCUGUAGUAGUGUGGCUCCAAAGCAUCAGAGGAAAGCAGAAGAAAGUCCAAAGGCCAGCGUCUACCCCCGGCACCGGGCCAUGCAGACAGAAGAGGACACCACAGACGGUGAAGGCCGGUCAGCCCCAAGAGAUAAGUCAGAUGAAGCUUUGUGCCCCUGACCUGCCAGCAGACAGCAGUGAGCCUCCAGCUUCUUUUGUGAGUUAG